AUGUCUUACCAAGAGCAGCAGUGCAAGCAGCCCUGCCAGCCUCCUCCUGUGUGCCCACCCACAAAGUGCCCAGAGCCUUGUCCUCCCCCAAAGUGCCCAGAGCCCUGUCCUCCUCCAAAGUGCCCCGAGCCUUGCCCUCCUCCACAGUGCCCUGAGCCAUGCCAGCAGAAAUGCCCUCCUGUGCAACCUCCUUCACCUUGCCAGCAGAAGUGCCCACCCAAGAGCAAGUGA